AAAAAUGAAAAUGUGACGGAAGUCAACUUAUUAAAUUGGAUUCGACUGCACAGCGGCGUCUUUUCAUCCUGCCGCUCCCCUUUCUCUCUGCUGUGCCUUUAAUCUGUUUUAUUCUCGACGGCAGGUGACUUCAGUAAAUGAAGACUCCAGCACAUCAGCAUCCUCUGGCCAUCGCCUCAUCCCGCCUGCCCCCCUCAACACCCCCUACUCCCACUUCCUCCAGUUACGUCCCAGCCAACCGGGAGUGCGCUCGCUCCUGGAAUAAAUUAAAUUGCGGCGUUAUGGUACAGGAGGGAGAGCGAGAGCGGCGCCGGUGCCAUUCACGCGUUCCGUGCGCACGGAGACUGAGGCACCGUCAGCAGCAGCAGCGGCAGCAGCGGCAGCAGCGGCAGCUCCCCGCGCGCCCCGCGUGCGCCCCGAGCGCGUCUCCCCGGUCAUCAGCAGAAAUGAGUUAGAGGACGGCGGCCACCGACGCUCGUCGCGCGCCUUGCGGUCGCUGGGUCUCACGCACGCCGCCGUGCUUGAAUAAUGCGUCCACCUGGACUCUUGUGACUCCGUGCGCUCUCGAGGCAUCGCGUGCGCCCGCCGCCGCUCUUUCUCUUUGCUUUGGACCUACAAUAACCGCGGCUCACCCCGGGAGGCUGUCCGCAGGAAAUACACGCUCCGCUGCGAAGGAAGGCGGCUGUGGGCCAUUCUCUGCUUCGGCCAAGUUGCAUUUGUGGGGAAAAAAUCCUUCUCGACAAAGUCCUUUUCUAAUGCUGCCCUGCGUCCGCGCCGCGCUGAACCCAACUUCACGUUCCGACCAGGGGAAUUUGCGGAGACUGAUUCCGAGCAGUCCAGGACCACAGUACUUACAGAAUAAGCGGGGCUCAUCGCGAGUGCAGGGAGAAUGAGGAGUCACCGGGGCCGGGGGAAGCAGCAUGAGUGGCCCGUGCAUCUCCGUUAGACUGACGGCCCUCAUGUUUCUAUGGAAGUGCUUGACACUAAGCCUGCUCCAGAGCUGCGCGGCGUUCGGGGCUGCGGCUGCGGAACCUGCCGGCGCCGCCUUCAGCGGCUCCUCUGGGCCCCUGGGCUGGCUCCUGUCGGACAAGGGUCCCUUUCACCACUCCCAGGAGUUUUUAGAUUUCACUGAGCGCUACCAGCAGGGUUUCACCACCAAGUACAAGAUAUACAGGGAGUUCGGCCGCUGGAAGGUGAACAGCUUGGCCCUGGAGAGGCAGGAGAACAAUGGCUUCUCUCUGCCGCUGGACCCGGACUUCCUCCAGACCAUUAGGCAGCUGGGCAGGAGGCCCAGUCUCCGCGCCAUCACUGACAGCGUUAUUAGGAAAUACGGGACCCACUUCCUGCUUUCUGCGACGCUCGGAGGGGAGGAGUCCCUAAUGAUCUUCGUGGACAAGCGGAAGUUGAGUCGCAGCAGCGAAGCCGAGUCCAACGGCACAGCCGUGACCCUGGAGGCGCUGCACCAGCUGGCCGCCUCCUACUUCAUCGACAGGGAGAGCACGCUGCACAAGCUGCACCACAUCCAGAUCGCCUCCACCGCCAUCAAGGUGACCGAAACAAGGACGGGCCCUCUCGGAUGCAGUAACUAUGACAACCUCGACUCUGUCAGCUCCGUUUUGGUUCAGAGCCCUGAAAACAAGAUUCAUUUGCAAGGCCUCCAGGCCAUACUGCCAGAGUAUCUAAGAGCCAGGUUCGUGCAGGCAGCUCUCAGCUACAUCGGCUGUAAUGAGGAGGGCCAGUUUGUGUGCCGGGACAACGACUGCUGGUGCCAGUGCACCGUGGACUACCCACAGUGUAAUUGCCCCGAGGUGGAUCUGAGGGCUAUGGAAGCCAGUUUGCUGCAAAUCCGACUUUCCUGGAACACGGCCAAUCAAGACUUUGAGGAGUCAGAUGAGUUUCAAAACUUUGUUCGAAGGCUCCCCACGUUCUACGCCCUCAACACGUCGGCCAUCCAGUACUUCUGGAAGAUGGAUCCGUCGGUUCACCACCGCUACAGACAGCUGGAGCUCAGCGCCCAGCAGCUCCUGAGCAAGGCACAGCGCAUCGUCAACAAGCUCUUCACCCUCAGCAAGAGGUGUCGGACCCAGCCCAAAAUUAUAAUGCUGCGAGAGAGGCCCUUCAGCUACUGGCUGAACUACAUCCUGUCCAUUAUGUACUGCAGUGAGAACAACCACAUCGGCUCCUACCUGGAGGAGACGCGGAGCUGCUCCUGCCCCUACGAGCACCCUCCCUGCCAGGGCGUGAUCCCCUGCGCGGUGGGCGAGGGCACCUCCUGCGCCUCCUGCUCCUACGAGAACCGCUCCCGCUGCGCCACGUGCAACCAGGGCUACAUGCUGAGCCAGGGCGUGUGCCGCAACGAGGUGCCCGACUCCACCGACCACUACAUCGGAUUCGAGACAGACCUGCAGGACGUGGAGCUGCGCUACCUCCUGCAGAAGCGCGACAACCGCAUCAGCAUCCACGGCAUCUUCGUCAGCAACGACGUCCGGCUGAACAACUGGUUUGACCCCUCGUGGAGGAAGAGAAUGCUGCUGACGCUGAAGAGCAACAAGUACAAGUCAAAUCACGUCCACAUGCUCCUGGGGAUGUCUCUACAGAUCUGCCUUACCAAGAACACCACUCUGGACCCCCUGCUGUCUGUCUACAUCAAUCCAUUUGGGGGAAGCCAUUCAGAGAGCUGGAUCAUGCCCAUUGACCAGAACAACUAUCCAGACUGGGAGAGGACUAAAUUGGACCUUCCCUAUGACUGCUAUAACUGGACUUUGAGUUUGGGCAACAAGUGGAAAACCUUUUUUGAGACUGUCCACUUUUACCUACGGAGCCGGAUCAGAGGACCCUCCACGAAUGGCAAUGGAACUGUAUAUUAUGAACCUUUGGAGUACCUGGAACCAGGGCGAAAUCUAGGGUACAUGAAGAUCAAUAGCAUCCAGGUAUAUGGCUAUAGUAUGCACUUUGACCCGGAAGCGAUCCAGGACUUGAUUUUACAGUUGGACUAUCCGUACACUCAGGGAUCGCAGGACUCGGCCCUGCUGCAGCUGCUGGAGAUCCGGGACCGGGUCAACAGGCUCUCCCCGCCCGGAGCGCAGCCGCUGGACCUUUUCUCCUGUCUGUUGCGGCACCGGCUCAAACUGUCCACCACUGACGUUGCCAGGAUCCAGGCAGCGCUGCAGACUUUCAGUGCCAAGCAGCCCAACUCCAUGGAAUACGAAACAACCAAAUUAUGUAGCUAGGAAGUGGGCAGCUGGCCAGGUGCACAGAUGGCCCGGCAGGUAUCAAACAGGCCUGAUAAUGGCUAAGAGCAAUUCAACGGUUGUGCGAGGGACAUUUUGGGGACAUUUACGUUGCCGUCAUGGAUCCCGAGAGUGCGUUUGAGUUAGUCAUGUCAGCUUUUCGUAUGAAUUUGUACAACAUUGUAGAAUUAAGGUGGAUUUUACCAAACUUGCCUCAUAUCUUUUUUUUUUUUCUUUCCUGAUGAAAUGAUAACUUGGAUAAUAUAAAUUCAAAACUCUGCCAUACCUGAAAUGUUGCCAAUGUGCUGAUGUUUGUAGAUUGCACAAAUUUCAAUCACUCACACAAAGUGAACAAAAGCUUUUGCUGAUGUAUUACACAAGCAAUGUAAUCAUCUCACAGAUGUAACCAUUUCAACACCAGCAUGUUUUUAUUUUUUCCAUAUUUUCAUGGCAUUUUUACUGGGUGCAAAAAUAAACGUAAAUACGUGUUUUAAUAUCACGGCCCUGUCAUUUAACCCGGACGGGCUGCUUCUUAUUCUAGGUUCUCCAUAUUACAACAAAACUACUUUUUUCCACUACACACAUUUUUUUUGUAAGAAAUAGUUAUAAAUCUAAUAAACAAAGCAUUUAAACUAAUGCUGUGUUAAUCCAAAAAAAGACCCCACGAUCACAAUUUAUGUUACAUGUGCUUUUAUUUUUAUAAUGCUGUUGUUUGUGAAACAAAAAUGACAAAAAACACUGUCUAUAAAAUGUAUAAUAUAAUUUGUUAAUACACUAAAUAAAAUUUUUAUGUGUGGUCUAUAGAAA